AUGCUCUUACUUGACAAUGGAGAAGUGGUUACGGAUGAAGAAGAUAGCUGUGAGGGUAUGCUUUCCUUGGAAGAGGAUGAAACCGAUUCUUGUGAGGAACUACCCACGAAUGAACAACUCGGCUUGGUAGUUCGACGGGUGCUGACUAUGCAAAUCAAGGAGGAGGAUGGCCAACAACAGGAAAACAUCUUUUACACACGUUGUCACAUAAAGGGCAAGGUGUGUAGCCUUAUUAUUGACCCCGAGAGUUCCACAAACGUGCCAAGUGUGACCCUAGUGGAGAAGGCCGGACUUCCUACCCUCAAGCAUCCUCACCCUUAUAGGCUCCAGUGGUUGAACGAUAGUGGCGAUGUGCGAGUUACAAAGCAAGUCAAGAUUCCAUUCCGCAUUGGACAAUAUGAGGAUGAAGUCCUAUGUGACGUAGUGCCCAUGCAAGCUACUCAUGUGCUAUUAGGGAGGCCAUGGCAAUAUGACAAGAGAACUAGUCAUGAUGGCUUCACCAAUAAGUACUCAUUCAUGCACGACAACAGGAAGGUUACACUUGUGCCUCUCACUCCCAAACAAGUGCAUGAGGACCAAAUCCGGUUACAACAAGAAAGCGAGGAGCAAAGGAGAGUGAAAGGAGCCGAGAAAAGUAAAGGGAAAAUGGCAAUGACUGACUCGACCCUUGAGAGGAAAAUCGAGAAGAUGCAAAGCAUGUUUGUUAAAGCUAGGGAAGAGUUUGAGGAUGUAUUCCCCGAGGAAAUUCCGGACGGAUUACCUCCCAUCCGUGGAAUUGAACAUCAGAUAGACCUCAUUCCAGGUGCACCAUUGCCCAAUAAAGCCGCCUAUUGCAUGAGUCCUGAAGAAACCAAGGAGUUUCAAAGGCAAGUAGACGAACUACUCAAGAAAGGUUGGGCGCGUGAGAGCUUAAGUCCUUGUACCGUACCCGUCAUCUUGGUGCCAAAGAAGGAUGGAAGCUCAUGCAUGUGUGUGGAUUGUAGAGCCAUCAAUUCUAUAAUGGUAAAGUAUCAUCAUCCUAUACCUAGGUUAGAUGACAUGCUAGAUGAGCUAAAUGGAGCUGUAAUCUUUACAAAAAUUGAUUUAAAAAGUGGAUACCACCAAAUUCGAAUGAAGGAGGGUGAUGAAUGGAAAACGGCUUUUAAGACUACUUAUGGGUUGUAUGAAUGGGUAGUCAUGCCCUUUGGUUUAUCUAAUGCCCCUAGUACAUUCAUGAGGUUAAUGAAUCAUGUUCUACACCCUUUUCUUGGUAAAUUUGUGGUAGUCUAUUUUGAUGAUAUCUUAGUCUAUAGUCGAAAUCUUGAUGAACACAUGGAGCAUUUACGUGCUGUUUUGAAUGCUUUACACCAAGCAAGCUUGUAUGCUAACUUGAAAAAGUGUUCUUUUUGCACUAAUCAGUUGGUCUUUCUAGGAUAUGUUAUUAGUGCAUAG